AAGAGAUGACAGCAUGGACAGAAGAAGAAUGCAGAGGCUUUGAACAUGCGCUUCUGAUUUAUGGAAAAGACUUUCAUCUCAUACAGAAAAACAAGGUAAGAACCAGAACAGUUGCUGAGUGUGUGGCUUUCUAUUACAUGUGGAAAAAGUCAGAACGUUAUGAUUACUUUGCUCAGCAAACAAGAUUUGGAAAGAAGAGAUAUAACCAUCAUCCAGGAGUUACGGACUACAUGGAUCGUUUGGUAGAUGAAGCAGAAGCCCUUGGUGGAGCAGUACAUUCUUCAGUCUUAACAUCUAAUACUCAGACAGAAACCAUUCCUGAUCACCAGCUAAGCAUUCUGAACUCUAUCGCUGCCAAUGAGUUGACAGCAUUGACAAACAGUGUAGCUACAGUCUGCCACACUUCAGAUGUUAACUGCCUAGAUGAUGCCUUUCCUCCUAUGGACAGCUUACCUCGAGCACCAGUUAAUCAUGUGCCUGUUGGAACAGAAGAAUUGCUAAACUUGCCUAGCAAUGGUGACAGUGAUUGUUUUAAUUUAUUUGAGACUGGCUUUUAUCAUUCAGAGCUAAACCAAAUGAACAUGUGCAGUGAGGAGACAGAAAGACCUGCAAAGAGAUUGAAAAUGGGAAUUGCUGUCCCAGAAUCCUUCAUGAAUGAUGUCUCUGUCAAUAACCUCGGUGUGGACUUUGAGAACCACACACACCAUAUUACCAGUGCCAAAAUGGCUGUUUCAGUGGCUGACUUCAGCAGUCUAUCUCCAAAUGAGACAAAUGGUUUUAUUAACACCCAUGCUCUUCACCAACAUACUGCCCUUCACUCAGAAUGA